AUGAGUUCUGGAGGAGGAAUCGCGGCUGCACCAACAGGAGCAGCAGCUCCGUCAAGCGGCGGUGGAAACGUGGAGUGGCACGUGCGACCACCGAACCCUAAAAACCCAGUCGUCUUCUUCGACGUCUCUAUUGGUGGCAUCCCCGCUGGUCGUAUCAAGAUGGAGCUCUUCGCCGACAUUGCCCCCAAAACCGCUGAAAACUUCAGGCAAUUCUGUACUGGUGAACACAGAAAAGCUGGGAAGCCUCUUGGUUACAAAGAAUGUCAGUUUCACAGAGUCAUCAAAGAUUUUAUGAUUCAGAGUGGGGAUUUUCUAAAGAAUGAUGGUAGUGGGUGCGUGUCAAUUUAUGGCCACAAGUUCGAUGAUGAAAAUUUCACAGCCAAACAUACUGGGCCAGGACUGCUCUCUAUGGCGAAUAGUGGACCAGGCUCAAAUGGGUGCCAGUUCUUCAUCAGCUGUGCAAAAUGCGACUGGCUUGACAACAAGCAUGUUGUCUUUGGGAGAGUGCUUGGUGAUGGUUUAUUGGUGGUGCGGAAGAUCGAGAACGUGGCUGUUGGACCUAACAAUCGACCUAAGCUUGCUGUUGUAAUUACAGAGUGUGGAGAGAUGUGA